UACUUAGCUUCAGCAGACUGCAACUUGCAACCAGAGCUCGAGCAACUCCUAAGCCUCUAACCAAAGAUACUAAAAAACAAACCAAACCGCUACAGACGAGACGACUGACUGCUACACUUAGGAUAAAAAGACACUUGCAAAGACUUAAAGCAAUAUAUCGAAAAGGAAUAGCAAAAGAAGACCAAUUUUAUUCUUGAAUAGAACAAGAGAACAAGGCAAAUAUGUUCAUUUGCUCAAUCGUCGUGAUGUUUAUUGGAACCUUCAACGUGGUUAUUUCCUCCUCCUCCUGCCCCUCGGUAUGCGAGUGCCCGACGGAGAUGACCAGGUGCGCACCUGGUGUGAGUCUCGUAGCGGAUGGCUGCGGGUGCUGUAAGGUCUGCGCGAGACAACUCAAUGAGGACUGCAGUCUGACCGAGCCUUGCGACCACACCAAAGGGCUGGAGUGCAACUUUGGGGCCAGCUUCGGAGCUAUGCGUGGCAUCUGCCGUGCUAAGUCAGAGGGUAGACCCUGUGAGUACAACAGCAGGAUUUACCAGAACGGAGAGAGCUUCCAGCCUAACUGCAAGCACCAGUGCACAUGCAUCGAUGGGGCUGUGGGCUGCGUCCCCCUGUGCCCUCAGGAGCUCUCCCUGCCCAACUUGGGCUGUGCCAACCCAAGGCUGGUCAAGGUGGCAGGCCAGUGCUGCGAGGAGUGGGUGUGUGAUGACGGCAAAGACACUGACAUCAUUGGCAAGCUGUUUGGCAAAGACAGCAUGACUGACGAGUCAGAGAGCGACCUCACCAACAGGAAUGAGCUCAUCGCCAUCGUCAAGGGAGGACUCAAGUCUCUACCUGCUUUCAGAGUCCAGCCUGAGAGCCACAUGUUUGAGAGCCAGAAGUGUGUUGUCCAGACCACUCCUUGGUCCCAGUGCUCCAAGACCUGUGGCACAGGCAUCUCCACCAGAGUCACCAACAACAACAAUGAGUGCAAGCUGGUCAAAGAGACUCGCAUCUGUGAAGUGCGACCAUGCACCCAGUCUCCUUACUCCAGUCUUAAGAAGGGAAAGAAGUGCAGCAGAACCAAGAAGUCUACCCAAGCUCAGAAGUUCACCUAUGCCGGCUGCUCCAGCCUGAAGAAGUACAGAUCCAAGUACUGUGGAUCCUGUGUGGACGGCCGCUGCUGCAGCCCCCAGCAGACCCGCACCAUCCGGAUCAAGUUCCGCUGCGAGGAUGGAGAGACCUUCAACAAGAAUGUCAUGAUUAUCGAGUCCUGCAAGUGCACCUUCAACUGUUCUCAUUCCAACGAAGCCUCCUACCCCUUCUACAGACUCUUCAACGACAUCCACAAGUUCAGAGACUAAAUCAAAUCUGAUUGGGCUGAGAACCGACCACUGAGAGAUCCCAAAACAACAACAUUGACAGACCAAUGGCAGUCCAUCUAAACGCAGGGGUCCAACUUAACCGGCCAAUGAACUAUCAACUUCCUGUUGUAACUAGAUUCCCAAGGAAUUAUGGGCUUACAUCAUGAGGACCUUAUGAAGUGCACUGUCUGCUGUGACUGAAUCAGCAUUCUCAAUCAAGAUUCGCUUCAUACUACUGGAGCAUCAUAGUAGCUUCGUUAUGGAGCAAAAUGUAAAUUAACAUGUGUAAAUGACAACGUUAGUAUGUUUAAAUCAAUUCGCUGUCUAUAUUUUCGACCGAUACAUACCAACCAGGCAUGACCCCCCCCCAAAAAAAACGUUUGACUUUGUGUGUAUAUAGAUGUUGUUUGGAUAUGCACAUACGUAACUUAAUUUAGUAUACCACGAUCCCGUAACCGAAGGAACCAAGGCACCAUGUUACUGUGGUUCCAUUCCUUCCUGACAUGGGCAUAUAUGUUCAUGUUUUGUGGCAGCUAUCGAACUUCCCAACGUUAUCAAGAAAGAAAAAGUGAAACGUGAAAUAAAUAAAUUCAUGUUUUUAUUAUUGUUAUUAAUAUUAUUUAUCAAAAAAAAAAUGUAGCUACUUUAUUUGGAUAUUAUGUGUCUUACUGGAAUAAAUUGUAAAAAAUGAUUUAAUUUUAUAUGUUAAAAAAUAAAACAUAUUUAUUUAUGAAAUGUAAA